GUCUUUCACUUUGUUUUUCUGUUAAAUAUAGGUCUCAGCAAUUUUUCCUGCUCAUCUCCACCCCUCUGCUGACUCUUGCCCUUUCCACUUCUCUAUUCCUCAUUUCCUCUUUUUCCCUCAGUUCCCUCUGCGUUAACCUCAAUGUCCACACAAAAUGAGGCCCUGGGAGAGCCUCAGCUCUGCUAUAUCCUGGACGCCAUCUUGUUCUUAUAUGGUAUUGUCCUCACCCUGCUCUAUUGUCGACUCAAGCUCCAGGUUCGAAAGGCAGCUAUAGCCAACUAUGAGAAAUCAGAUGGUGUUUACACGGGCCUGAGCACCCGGACCCAGGAGACAUAUGAGACUCUGAAGUAUGAGAAACCACCUCAAUAGCUUUAGAUAUCCUUGGUCACAUCUUUCUGUGGCUUCCAGUUCACCUCCCAGCCCUUAUGGUCAGCAUUGUAUAUGCCUCCACACUCUUAAUGCCAACUGACCUUAUCCCUAUAAUGAUGCCAGGCCCCAUGUUAAUGUACACCAGCGAUUUCUCCUCCCAUUUAAAGACUUAUGCUCAGAUGCUCUUCAAUGUGUUUAUUUUCUAGUCUUACUCCCUUGCCCAACCAUUCUUCCCUUCCCCCUCCCCAACUCUUGUUAAAAACAAUGGGAAGGGAGAUCCUCAAUAAAGCUGCCACAGAUUGUACUCUA